AUGCAUAGGCCACCGCCUGCAGAAGGCAACAAUUUAGAAGAGCUUUUAGGCGAGGAACCGGUCCCACCGAUACCCGUUUCUAAGCCCUAUGUUCCUGUUUGGCCUGAUGAAAAGGCCGCUGCCUACUGCGCUCUUACUCCACCGUUGGAGACUUUUAUGGUUGUUCCUGAUGAAACAAGGCGGGAACAAUUCUUCCGCACUGCCCGCCAAGAUGACAUGUUAAUUGGUUCCGUCAGUGCGAUUCAGGAUUCUGGCUUGAUCAUCACACUGUUGGCUUAUGAUCAAGGACCUCGUCGUGAUUUUGAUGGACUUAGGCUAACCGGUUUUUGUCCAGUUCGUCAGCUUCCGAAAUACGCAACUCACGGAAAUGCUCUUGACGCUUUUCAGAUGGGCGAUAAAGUGAGGGCCUUCAUUCUAGAUGUACACCACUCUGGUCGUCUGAUUUUAAGUAUGAAUGAAAAAGCUCUCAAUACCAAUCUCUAUGGUGACAUUACCUUGGGAAUCAUUUCCGAUGACGAUUUACCACUGCAUUAUAGGAAGCUCCAAAAUCUUGAUGGGAAGUCCUUUGAAGCUUGUCUUCUGGGAACGCCACAGUUCCGAAAUCCCGAUGGUCUUCGUGUUCUCUGUUCCAGAUUUGGCAUUCCACGAGCUUCCGCCUGUAGCUUGUUGCUCUCAAUGGCCAAAAUUAGUCUUCCAAAGCCCGAAAUGGCCUGUGAACUGCGACGUGUACAGCUUUACAACAUGUCGAUGAGGCACGUGGCCCAAGGUGUUCGAUACUUCAAGGAUGGUCGGAAUACUGAGGCACUUCAGUGUUACAAUUUUGCCAUUGAAGUGGAGAAUAAUAACGCCGAUGCCUACGUUGCUCGCGGUGCUCUGUAUGCGUCCAUUGGUACGUAUGUCAAGGCCAUCGACGAUUUGGAGAAGAGCCUAAGCCUUCAGCCGAAUCACGCUAAUGCAAAGAACUACCUUGGUCAGACACUUCUGGCCUAUGCUUGCGAACUAAAUUCAAAAGAUCUCACAAAAGCUGAACAGCUACUUCGAAGGGCCCUCGAUUUGGAUCCAAACAACGUAGAGGCUCGUGAGGCUCUUCGAGAUCUACCAGGUGGAGGAAGUACUAAUACUAACCAUCUACUUUUCCCCACUAAUCAGCGUUCAUGGUCACGAUCGCCCUCGCUGCCGUCGGGAACCAAUAUCGCUAGCAAACGGGGCAACGUCCCGAUGGGCAUUCAGCAGCGUCACGGUGAUCGUUCACCUCCUGCCUCACCACCGGGCGGUUCCCAACGAGCUGAUCAGUUCUCUCGAUUCGAGAGGUCACGCGCAGCUCUCGAACAACUUGUCAAUGAGGAUCGAUCGAGACGAGAAGCCAUGCGGAGAGGCGGUGCCGGCGGUCGCCCCGGAUCUGGGGACGAUUUUCAGUCGCCACUUUCUCGUGGUCGCUACGGGGAUGAUCGCUAUCACGAAGACGUCAAGCGAGCAGACAAGUGCAGUGCCCAUAUGGAGAAGAGCAAUCUGGCCAAAAUUGUUAUCACUCGAGAUCGCUCGGGUCGCGUGAUUCGCUGCGAGGACGAAGGCCAAUGGCGAGAGGACAGUGAACGCGAGCGUGGUGGUGGUGAAAUGGGCAUGGGCCAGCCUCGUGGUCGUCCUCGCGGUGGCGGCGUUGGUGGUGGUGGCGGUGAACGGGACUACCGGAGGUACGAUGACAAUAGGGAAAGAGACUGGCGUGAUGAUCGUCGAAGGUACGACAGUGAGCGCGAUUUCCGAGACGAUCGUGACCCUAAGAGACGUGAAGACUGGAAGAGUGGGGAUGAUCAUGGUUCGUCACCAAGUCAAGAACGUCAGGACGAGCGCCACUUGCCUCAGGCCGAGUUCCAAUACGACAGAAGAGUGUACACUCCACCGAAAGACGCUAUGGAAGUUGAAAACGGGGUGCUAACGCAUUACGUUAACAAGAGUGACUUGCCUCUUACCUCAAAGACUCUUCAGGACCGAGUUCAACAGCGUUUGAAAGACAUUGAGCGUCGUCAUCGCGGCGAGCCUGGCGUUGGCGGCGACGGGGGUGAUGGUCAUUGGCGUGGACGUGGUGGAUUCCGUGGGGCAGGUGAUCGUGGUUUCUAUCCGCGCGGACGCAGUAGCGGUCCCCGGGGCGCUCCGCGUGGCUCCUGGCGUGGUUCAUGGCGUGGAGAUGAUGGUGGUGAAUGGAGGGGUGGCCGUCGCGGUAACUGGUACGGUAAUCGCGAUCGAUACGGCGGUGAUAGACGAGGUGGCGGUGGUGGUGUAGACGGAGGACCCGAGGACUUCCGCAAGCGCCCGCGUCGCUACGAUCGCUCGCGUUCCCGCUCCGCUUCGAGAUCGCGUUCUAGAUCACCAGUGUCACGGUCGCGUCGGUCGAGGGACAGUAGGUCGAUGUCGAGGUCUCGCUCUCAUUCGUACUCUCGCUCAAUUUCGCGUUCACCCUCCCCUUUCCCUAAGAAAGCCAUUUCACGAGCACGCAUAAAGACGCCGCCACUGGCGCCGCUGACGAACCGUCAGAGCGACUCAGAGGAGCAGAUGGCAGAUGUGGAGCAGUUUGUAGCUCAGUUGCAGGCCAAACGCCAGAUGGAGGCAGAGCAGGCUGCGGCAGCAGCUGCUGCCAACACUGCCUCGGACCAACCGCUAAUUGGCCCCCAAAUCCCUGGCAGCGCCUCUGCGGCGGAACGAGAGGAGACGAUAUCUCUCACGCCCGAGCCUGCCAAGUGA